AUGGAACGAAAAAUUCAAAAACUAGAUGAAAAAGUCGUCAACCGAAUUGCUGCUGGAGAGGUUAUUCAAAGACCAGCCAACGCAAUUAAAGAAAUGAUAGAAAAUAGCCUUGACGCAAAAGCAACUUUGAUUCAAGUAACUGUCAAGUCUGGUGGCUUAAAAUUAAUUCAAAUUCAAGAUAAUGGUCAUGGAAUUAAGAAAGAAGAUCUUGAUAUCGUAUGUGAACGAUUUACAACCAGUAAGCUAUCAAGAUUUGAAGAUUUAAGCUCAAUGGUCACGUAUGGAUUCAGAGGAGAGGCUUUGGCCAGCAUAAGCCACGUAGCUCAUGUUGCUAUAGUGACUAGAACUGAAGAUUCUAAGUGUGCAUACAGAGCAACCUAUGCUGAUGGUAAAAUGGUUCCUGGCCAGCCAAAUGCAUCAGCAGAUCCGAAACCAUGCGCAGGGAAUGUUGGAACACAAAUAAAUGUAGAAGAUUUGUUCUUUAAUACACCACUGAGGCUAAAGGCUCUUAAGAAUCCAAACGAGGAGUUUAACAAAAUUACAGAGGUUAUUUCUAGAUAUGCAGUUCACCAAGAAGGCGUUGGAUUUAUUUUGAAGAAGUACGGUGAUAGCAAUGCAACUGUUAGGACCUCUGGAUCUUCUCGGCUGGAUAAUAUUAGAACAAUCUAUGGUGCUAGUACAGCAAGGGAAUUACUCGAGGUUUCUCUUGAAAAUAAAAAGUUGGGAAUUGGAAUGAAUGGCUUAAUCUCCAAUGCAAACUAUUCCGCCAAGAAGUGUAUCUUUUUAUUAUUUAUAAACCAUCGAUUGGUUGAGUGUAGUAAUUUAAGAAAAGCUAUCGAAAAUGUGUAUGCAGCUUACCUUCCAAAACAUACUCACCCAUUUUUGUACCUAAGUCUUCAGAUAUCGCCGAGAAACGUAGAUGUCAAUAUGCAUCCAACCAAGCACGAGGUUCAAUUUCUCCAUGAAGAUAAGAUCAUUGAUGCAAUACAGAAUGUAAUUGAGAAUAAACUGCUUGGAGCAAACUCUUCUCGUACAUUUUUGGCGCAGACCUUUUUACCUACUACUUCUGGGCCUACCACGAAAACUAAAGUCAUACAAGAUAAUGCUGAAGUGCCUAUAUCAAGCGGCAGUAUUAGCCAAAAGAAAGCGUAUGCACAUCAGUUAGUCAGGACAGACCAUCUCAGCCAAAAAUUAGAAAUCUUUUUGGAACCUAAAAAUCCUACCUCAAAUACCUCCCAUUCAAGCAGUUGUUCUCAUGAACUAGAGAAAGAAAGACCAGCAAUAAAAGAAAAGCUAACUGAAAGUGAAGUAACUAAUGCACCUGAAGAAAUAUUGCAAUUCAUUCUCAACAGGGAGAGAAGAGUACAUUACACCUGUCUGAAAUCAUUGCACUUAAUGACUUUCAUUCAUUAUAGAAAACUAACUAAGCAGCGGGAGUUAAAGCUAACUAGUGUACAGAAUCUUAGAAAUGCAGUGGAAGAGAAUGUUGCUGAAGAACUUCAGGCCAUGGUUAGGGGAAUGCAAUUUGUUGGGUGUGUCACUGAAUCUCAUGCGGCCUUCCAAUUCGAAACGGGUCUAUAUUUGGGAAAUACUACCAAUUUAAGCAAGGAGCUAUUCUAUCAAUCAAUUAUUUUCAAUUUCGGAAAUUUUGAAAAGUUUCGAUUAAGUAGUCCUGCUUCGCUCUACGAUUUAGCUAUGUUAGCGCUUGAUAGUGAAGACAGUGGUUGGACUGAAGAAGAUGGUUCGAAAGAGGACCUUGCUCAACAUGUAUCUGAAUUUUUGCAAAUGAAAGGAGAAAUGAUGACCGAUUACUUCUCCUUAGAGAUAGAUAAAGGCUGUAUAAAAACUCUUCCAAUGCUUUUGGAUGGGUACGAACCCGACUUGUUAGGAUUGCCCAUGUUUGCUUUAAGACUGGCUACUGAAGUUAAUUGGGACCAUGAAGAAAGCUGCUUUAAGACUUUUGCUAUAGAAUGUAGUAGGUUUUAUGCUAUGCGAAAAGGACAUGAUUUAUUAUUGCAAUGCAGUGAAAAAAAUCAGGUAUUUCAAGUUGAUAAACGAAAAAUGUGGAAAUGGAAAGUAGAACACUUGUUGUAUCCUGCGUUUAAGUCGUCUUUAUUCUUGCCUAAGCGGUUUCAAGAUGAUGGAACAAUAUUGAAAAUAGCCGACUUGAAAGAAUUGUAUAAAGUAUUUGAGAGAUGUUGA